CGACACGACAUUAAAGAAUUAAUUUAGUGUAUUUGAUGUUGUUACAAAGCAAAUAGUAUUACUUGCAACUUUUUGAGUCACUUAUUACGUAAAAGGGUCUGUUUGGACUGCACAUUGCUGUUUAUGAUCCUUGAAGUAUUUUAAGCCAUAAUUCUUGAGUGUUAAAGUCGUCUCCCUAUUCCAGAGUUUUCUGGUUCUCAUUGUAUUAGUUCUGUGUAAUUUAUCUUAACUGUUUGCAGAAAAAAUUUCUGGGCGUAAUCUUUUGUGACUAACCUAAUACAGCUCACUUCGUGUUUUAACAAUUGCUGGAAUAAAAUCUAAAUUUAUAUUUCCUCUUAUUCUAGAUAUUGUUUAGAUUAAUUAUAGUGCUGUUAUAUAUCAAGUUAUUAAAAUGGAUGGUAGAUCAAGUCCAAGUCAUAGUGAGGAUGAGCUAGAGUUUCAUAUCACGUUCCCUGCUCCUAACCUGGAGACAAACCUAACCUUCUCAUCAAACCUAGACACAGAGGAGGUAACGGAGCCUGUGGUUUAUAUUCUUGGAUGGGAAGGAUGUGAGGAUGAUGAGUUGGAAUGGUUGAGCAGUAUCUAUGAAUCCCGAGGAUUUAUUACUGUACGCUACACUGCUCAAAACAUGGAUCUACAAAUAUUAAGAUCAGUGAGCACUGAACCAAUUGCAGUUAGAUUGGCAGGGUUAGUUUCAGAGCUUUGUUUAACAGAAAGUCCAGUAUUUAUCCACGCUUGUGGAGAGACGGGUGCAAGCCUUUACCAAUUCCUGGCAAAGGAAUUAAAGACCAGCGGCAGUGGAAGCGCAGUGAGGGGAAUCGUCUUCGAUAAUACGAAUAUCUGUGUAUCCAUCCUUACUGCUCUAAUAGGUCCCUGGAUACUAGUCUAUACUAGACAUUGGUUCCAUCCUUCUCCCUGGCAGAGUAUCCAGUGUGAAUCUGUUCCUCCAGCUCUAUUCCUCUGGGAUGGGUCUAGAGAGUGGGUGGAGAAAGCAGGACGAGAAAGACAAGGUUCAGGAGGGACAGUUUUCUUCUCUAGGUUAGAUGACCAGGAUGGAUUUAAUAGAAGAAACAUGGCGGAGAAAUAUGAGAAGGAUCUUGUCGAGUUUAUUAUUCAUUGUUCAGAUCAAUCAAAUUAA